AUGGAAUCAUCAUUAUACAAUAGGAUUUACCAACGUGUUGGUUCAGAAGUAAAUAAUGAUGAACAAUUUUGUACAUAUUUGGCUGAAAUCUGUACUGAUUCUAAUAGCCAUUGUGAUGAUUUACGAGAUAUUAUUGAUACAAUAUUUAAAACAAGUUAUCCGAAUAUUUCCGAAACUCGACGUCAACAUAUUAUUUAUUCUCUACUCGAUAUGAUUGAAGAAGAUCAACAAAAAAUAAAUAAAGAAAUUAAUAAUAAGGAUAAUGAUGAAGAUGAUAUUGAUCUUUCAGAACGAAUUGAACGUGAUGGUGAAUGUAAAUUAUGUGGAUGUCAUCAACGAAUUACAAUUCAUCAUCUUAUUCCAAAAUUAAUUCUUAAACGAAUGAGAAAUUCUGGUAAAGAAUCUGUUGAUGUAUCAAAAUAUUUAAUUGAAGUAUGUCGACCAUGUCAUAAUGAAAUUCAUCGAAUAUGGCCUCAUAAUGAAUUAGCAAAAGAUUAUCAAACAGUUGAUAUGAUACUUGAUGCUCCUGCUAUUCAACCAUAUCUUAAUUGGAAACGAAAACGAGAACGAACGGCAUAA